AAAGAAACCCGCUUAGACCAGAUGCGGCUACCCAAGGAUACGGACAAGAAGGUGACCGCUACAAAGAGAAAAUGAGAAGAGACUGCUAAAUUAAACGACCGUCCAGAAGGCUUUUUUUGUACGGAAUUUCUAUAAUCAGGGGCUACUACGGUAUACUGCUGGACAAGAUGGAAACCACGGUGCUAAACCUCCAGAGCCUUUAUGAUAAUCUGAGGACACAUGUUGAGCUUAUCAAUGAGAAUAUUGAGCCCAGCUUCAUUCAGAUGGUCCAGAACUUUGAGGACUGCCGUCGCAAAUGGGCGAGGACUCUGGAGGAGCUGGGAUCCUGCCAGGACAUGCUGAGAAAAGCAGAGAUGGAGAGGGGAGCUUUGGAUGUGAAGCUGAAGCAUGCCCGUAACCAAGUGGAUGUGGAAAUCCGGCGUAGACAGAAGGCUGAGGCUGACUGUGAGACCCUGGAUCGUCAAAUUCAGUUGAUCCGGGAGCUCUUAACCAGUGAGGGAUCCACCAACAGCAUCCAGCUGAGUGCUGAGCAACGUUCUGCUCUAGCCUUCCUUAAUACAAACUGCCAAGCAAACAACCAGAAUACCAGUCGGAGACUGGUGACAAUAGACGAGUCUGCCUCCAUCUUGUCAGAUAUAAGCUAUGACAAAACUGAUGACUCCCUUGAUUGGGAUUCCUCCAACAUCAGAACAGUACGACUCAAGAAAAGAGAAAAAAGGCGCUCCUCCAGAAAUCUCGUUGAUGGUCCUCCAAGUGCUUCUAAAAGAUCAAGAUCUACUGGCAGAACCUCAGAAAGGGGAAAUGAGACCCUUGUGACAAAGACAACAGUAACUGUGCCUGUAAACGGAGGACCUGUUGAGGCGUUCUCUACCAUAGAGACUGUUCCAUACUGGACUCGCAGCAGGAGAAAGACUGCUGCCAUGGAGUGGGACUCAGAAUCUGUCAAGUCUCAGGAUGUUUUUAAGGCACCUGACAAUCCUGAGGGAGAAAAUAAAGCUGGGCCCAGCACUCCACAAAGCAAAGGAGGCGUCCGUCUGCAUGAGUUUGUGUCCAAAACUGUAAUUAAACCUGAAUCAUGUGUGCCGUGCGGAAAAAGGAUAAAAUUUGGCAAGCUUUCAUUGAAGUGUCGGGACUGCAGAGUGGUCUCGCAUCCUGAAUGUCGCGACCGAUGCCCGCUGCCAUGCAUCCCCAACCUGGGAGGCACACCAGUCAGAAUUGGGGAGGGCGUCCUUGCAGACUAUGUUCCAGACACGGCCCCCAUGAUUCCCCCCCUUGUGGUCCACUGUGUGAGUGAGAUUGAACAAAGGGGGCUGCAUGAGGCUGGUCUUUAUCGUCUGUCCGGUGCCGAUCGCACAGUGAAGGAGCUGAAGGAGAAGUUCCUCCGCAGCAAAACCGUUCCUGUGCUCAGCAAGGUGGACGACAUCCAUGCAAUCACUGGCCUCCUUAAGGACUUCCUGAGGAACCUGAAGGAGCCUUUGCUCACUUUCCGCCUCAACCAUACCUUCAUGGAGGCAGCUGAGGUUUCAGAUGACGACAACAGCAUCGCUCUGAUGUACCAAACAAUUGCUGACCUGCCGCAGCCCAACAGAGACACACUGGCGUUUCUGGUUCUUCACCUGAAAAGAGUUGCUGACAGUUUGGACACUAAAAUGGAUAUCAGCAACCUGGCCCGUAUUUUUGGCCCAACUAUUGUUGGCCAUGCUGUUCCCAACCCAGAGCCCAUGACAAUCCUUCAGGAUACCAAACGCCAACCAAUGGUUGUGGAGCGUCUGCUCUCUCUGCCGGUGGAUUACUGGAGUCAGUAUGUGAUGGCUGAAAAUGUGCAGUCCAAUUUGAAUCAUUUGAUCAUCGAGAACGCAAACUGCUAUGCAACCCCUGAGAGAGGGAGCAUGCUUGGACCCCUCGGCACCCCAGAACCCCUCACCAAAACCCCCUCCUCCAGCUCCCUGUCUCAACGUAUGAGGUCCACCUUGACACCCAGAUUUGGGAGCAAGAGUAAGUCAGCUGUCGGAUUUACUCAUCAAGGGAAGUUCUUUUCCUCACCGCUCCUCAAAUAAUACAACACUACUCCAAAUGACCUUAAUCCAUCCUCAGAUUCAUUACUCUGUACUAAAAGAUGAGAGGUGAUGCUGUUGGACGGAUUUAAUCAAAUAGAUUUUGCUUUCUCUUGCUUUUGACUUAAACUAAACGUAUUGCUUCCAUUUCAGAUCAUUAUAAAAAUGUCAAAUAUUUCCUGAAACUUGUUUACAGAUGAAAAGAAUAUGUAUGUGCAGCUUUUAUUGUGGCUACGUGUUUUAAUUUUUUGGGCUCUCCAGUUAAAUGUGUCACUCAGAACCUGGAGAAACCAUAAGGCAUUUCAUUUUAGGAUGUAAUUAGACAGGAUUAUUUUGUUGCAUGAAAAUUCAGUUUAGUGUUUGGUUAUGUGGUGGCUUGUAAUCUAAAUGUGUUGAACCUUAUAGUCCAUGUUGCCAUCAGCUUCAAAAAUCAUUAAGACAGAUCAUAGAACAGGUUUUGUCUGUUGUUUAAUACCCAGACCAGUAGUUUGUGUGGUUUUAUUUUUUGUUUUUUAUUGUAUAUUAUUGUUUAUUUCUCUUUUUAAAUUUGUGUUUUGGGAAAGUUAAACCAAAUGCACUGCCAAAUGAUCAUUGCAGGUUUCCUGUCUGAUUGUUUCACUCCUCUGUUUCUUCCUGUCUGUAAAAGUUAAACUGCUGGGGGAAAAAAGCUAUUUUAGUAGCCAGUUUAGCAACUGUGGCAUUAUUUGGUCAUAUAUUAACACAUUUUAUACAAAACCAUUCUCUGUAAAACCAUUUUUCAUUGUGGAAUACAUUUCUAAUACCUUCA